ACCAUGUAAAUAAUGACUAGGUAGUUAAAACUUUUCCUUAAAAGAAAAAGUAGUUGAAACUUUCCUAGUACAAAGUUGAAAAAUGGUAGAAUGGAGGUAGUGUUGUCAUCUUCAACUUGAUCAAGCACAUGCGUCAAUGGCUGCCACCACCACUGUUUCCUUCUCCUUCUUCUCCACACCCUUUCGCAGUUUCCGAUUCCAAACACCACCAUCAUCCCACCCCACAAGGCUCUCCAUCACAUGCCACUCUUCAUCACCUACCUCCAACGACCCUCUCCGUGUGGCCUUCGCCGGCGGCGGCACCGGCAGCAACAUCUACCCUGCGGUGGCAAUCGCGGAGGAGCUCAAAUCCCUGAACCCCACCGGCCAGUUUCUCUUCCUCGGCGCCCCCAACAGCGUGGAAAGCGCCGCAAUCUCCUCCGCCGGCUACGACUUCGCCUCUGUCCCCGCACCACCCGACACCAACCCUUUCUUCUUCCCUCACCGUUUCUUCAACUCUCUUCUCCAAUGCCUCUGCCACCUCCGAGGCUUCCAACCCCACGUUCUCGUCAGCACUGGCGGCUACGUUUCUUUCCCGGCCUGCCUCGCCGCCAAGCUCCGAGGCACCAACGUUGUCAUCCACGAGCCCAACUCCGUCCCUGGCUUCUCCAACACCCUCCUCUCCCCCCUCGCCGACGCCAUCUUCGUUGCUUUCAACUCCACCCUCGACAGUUUUCCCAGGAACAAGUGUUUCGUGUGUGGCAACCCCGUUAGAUUCUCUGUUAGGAACCUCGUCUCCAAGGAAACCGCCACCUGUCAUUUUUUUCCGGGUUUGGAUUGUGGUGGCAGGGUUUUGUUGGUGCUUGCUGGCUCCUAUGGCGCCAAUUCAGUUAACAUUGCGAUGCUGAAUUUGUACUAUCAGAUGCUGAGACGGGAUAGCGGUUUGCGUAUUAUAUGGCAAACUGGGGUUGAAGCCUUUGAUGAAAUGGAUAGCCUUGUCAAGAGUCAUCCACGCUUGUAUAUGACACCGUUCAUGCAUUGUAUGGAUUUGGCAUAUGCANAAACUAACAACCAACGUCAUCUUCUUCAUAUUAUAUUAUUUAUUCUAUAUACCGAUAGAUCUUAG